GUUUUUACUAAACAAUAUUUUAAUAGUUACAACAUUAUAUAGAAGUAUAACAUUUUACAUUAACUACAAAUAUAAUGCAAGACCAGAACCUUUUCAGACCAGUUGAUUACGUUGUAUUUGGCGUCAUGUUGAUAAUUUCCCUGGCAAUCGGUAUAUACUACAGUUGGAAAGACAGGAGUACAAAAGACAAGACAAGGAAUUACCUUAUUGCGGGAAGUAACAUGAACAGCUGGGCAGCAGGAAUGUCACUCAGUUUUACCGUGAUUUCACCGACAACAAUUCUUGCCAUUCCCGCUGAGAUUUAUAUUUUUGGCUCUAUGUUUAUUUGGCUCGUGGUGGCCGCAUGGAUUGUUGGACUAUUUACGAUUUCGUUGUACAUACCACUCUUUUUUCGAUUGAAUAUUACAAGUAUAUAUGAAUACCUCCAGCUGCGCUACAGCUAUCCCGUUCGAAUUCUUGGAACAAUUGCAUUCAUAGUACAAACGACAAUGUAUAUUGGUGUUAUGGUAUACACUCCAGCAUUGGCAUUUACGCAAGUUUCUGGAUUCAAUUUAUGGGCUGCAAUAUUUACCACGGGCAUUGUCUGCACUGCUUACACAACUGUGGGUGGACUGAAAGCGGUGAUAUGGACAGAUGUGUUUCAAGGAGUUGUUAUCAUGAUAAUUCAAGUCAUUGUUUUGUUUAUGAGUGCUAGUUAUGUUGGUGGAUGGAAAAUAGUGUGGGAAGCAAACUCAAAAACUGAUCGAUUCAAUUUCUUUGAUUCGGAUUUCGAUCCCCGAACUCGCCAUACGGUAUGGAGUCUUCUGAUCGGCCUAACGAUAUUGUGGUUAAGUAUAUAUGCUACCUCACAAUCACAAGCUCAACGAUUUUUAGCUUGCAAAAGUGCAAAAAGUGCCAAGAAAGCAAUGAUCUUUUCUGAUGUUGUAAUAUCGUUUGUUGUAUUACUCUCCGUGAUCAUAGGUUGGGUAACAUACGCAGCUUUUCACAACUGCGACCCCAUUCUGACCAAGCAAGUCACCGCACCGGACCAGUUGCUUCCGUUCAUGGUGACGAGGGUAUUCCAACUUUACCCAGGGCUUUCAGGAGCAUUUUUGGCAGCCGUUUACGCUGGAAGUUUGAGCACAUUAUCUUCGGGAAUAAACGCAAUGGCUUGCGUAACAACAGAAGAUCUUAUUCGGCCUUUUGUUAGAUGGAGUGAUUCCACCAUGAUUGUUGUUGCAAAAGCAUUAGCUUGCUUCUACGGAUUUUGUGGAAUUGGAUUUGCAUGUAUGUGUUCUAUACUCGGGAAUAUUCUUCAAACCUCUUUAACAUUACUAGGAAUUCUCGGAGGUCCUACAUUGGGGAUGUACACUAUGGGUGCUGUGUUUCCAUUAGCUAACUCUUGGGGUGCUUCUAUCGGAUUCAUUUCAGGUGUGUCAUUCUCGUCAUGGAUAUAUGCUGGAAGUCGACAUUAUCCUCCUCAACUAAAAUAUUGGAAACCGAAAUAUCGAUCUACGUCUGAAUGUGUAUCGGAGAAUGACGUUGAAAGCACAUUUAUUAGUAUGAUCAACACGACAAUGAAAAUGACAAAUACGUCUCCUUUUCUGUCAGAAACGGUUUCGAAUACAGCUAUUGCAUCCAUACAACCGUAUGACGCACCACGUCCUGCUUUGGCUAACCUGUAUGAUGUCUCAUAUCUCUACUACGCGCCAAUUGGUUUAGCAGUGACUUUGGUAGUCGGUCUUUUCGUCAGUGCUUUAACAUGUAAGAACAAGUGA